GAAACGCUCGCUGUCACAAAGGGGGGGAACACGUGGGCGCUGACGGUCGGGUGUCGGCGACAGGGACCCGGCGUCGCCGGGAGAGCCGCCCACCGCCCCCGCCCUCCCGCCACCCAACUCUUCGGCCCCGGCCACCUGGCGGGCCCAGCCUCGGCCGCCUCCCCGCCCCGCUCUGAGGUGGAUGCCCGACACGGUCUGAACACCUCCCUGCAGUCUGUUCCACCUCGCACGGACCCCUGGCACAGCCAUGUCCAUCCUCUACGUGUCUCCUCACCCGGACGCCUUCCCCAGCCUCCGAGCCCUCAUAGCCGCGCGCUUCGGGGAGGCGGGCGACGGCCCGGGCUGGGGAGGGGCUCCCCCCCGCGUCUGCCUCCAGCCGCCCCCGGCGAGCAGGACCCCCUUCCCGCCACCGCGCCUGCCCGCUUUGGAGCAAGGGCCCGGCGGGCUCUGGGUGUGGGGGGCCACCGCCGUGGCCCAGCUGCUGUGGCCGGCCGGCUUGGGGGGCCCCGGAGGGAGCCGGGCAGCCGUCCUCGUCCAACAGUGGGUGAGUUAUGCCGACACCGAGCUCAUACCUGCAGCCUGUGGGGCGACGCUGCCGUCCUUGGGACUCCGAAACUCUGCCCAGGACCCCCAGGCUGCACUGGGGAUCCUGGGCAGGGCCCUGAGCCCCUUGGAAGAGUGGCUUCGCUUGCACACCUAUCUGGCUGGGGAAGCCCCCACUCUGGCUGACCUGGCAGCUGUCACAGCUUUGCUGCUACCUUUCAGAUAUGUCCUGGGCCCUUCUGCCCGUCGCAUCUGGGGUAAUGUGACUCGCUGGUUUACCACAUGUGUCCAGCAACCAGAAUUCCGGGCUGUUUUGGGAGAAGUGGUUUUGUAUUCAGGCACCAGGCCUCUGUCCCAACAGCCAGGCCCUGAGGUCCCUGGACCUCCAAAGACAGCUGCUCAACUCAAGAAAGAGGCAAAGAAGCGGGAGAAACUGGAGAAAUUCCAACAGAAGCAGAAGUUUCAACAGCAACAGCCACCUCCAGGGGAGAAGAAACCAAAACCAGAGAAGAGGGAAAAACGAGAUCCAGGGGUCAUUACCUAUGACCUCCAGACCCCACCUGGGGAAAAGAAAGAUGUCAGUGGUACCAUGCCUGACUCCUACAGCCCACAGUAUGUGGAAGCUGCCUGGUACUCGUGGUGGGAGCACCAGGGCUUCUUCAAGCCAGAAUAUGGGCGGUCUAGUGUAUCAGCUCCAAAUCCCCGAGGCAUCUUCAUGAUGUGCAUUCCACCCCCCAACGUGACAGGCUCCCUGCACCUGGGCCAUGCACUUACCAAUGCCAUUCAGGACUCCCUGACCAGAUGGCACCGAAUGCGGGGGGAGACCACCCUGUGGAACCCUGGCUGUGACCACGCAGGCAUUGCCACCCAGGUGGUGGUGGAGAAGAAAUUGUGGCGUGAACAGGGCCUGAAUAGACACCAGCUGGGCCGAGAGGCCUUUCUCCAAGAGGUCUGGAAGUGGAAGGAGGAAAAAGGGGACAGGAUCUACCACCAGCUAAGGAAGCUAGGCAGUUCCCUGGACUGGAAUCGAGCUUGUUUCACCAUGGACCCUAAACUGUCAGCAGCCGUGACGGAGGCCUUUGUCCGGCUCCAUGAGGAAGGAGUCAUCUACCGUAGUACCCGUCUUGUCAACUGGUCCUGCACCCUCAACUCUGCCAUCUCUGACAUCGAGGUGGAUAAGAAGGAGCUGACAGGACGCACUCUGCUCUCUGUGCCUGGCUACAAGGAGAAAGUUGAGUUUGGGGUUCUCAUCUCCUUUGCCUAUAAGGUCCAAGGAUCAGACAGCGAAGAGGAGGUGGUAGUGGCAACAACUCGGAUUGAGACAAUGCUGGGAGAUGUGGCUGUAGCUGUGCACCCCAAGGAUUCCAGAUACCAGCAUCUGAAGGGAAAGAGCGUCAUUCACCCAUUUGUGUCUCGGAGCCUCCCCAUUGUCUUUGAUGAUUUCGUGGACAUGGAGUUUGGCACAGGUGCGGUGAAGAUCACCCCUGCCCACGACCAGAAUGACUAUGAGGUGGGCCAGCGUCAUGGACUGGAGGCCAUCAGCAUCAUAGACGCCCGAGGGUCCCUAGUCAAUGUGCCUCCACCAUUCCUGGGCCUGCCCAGGUUUGAGGCCAGAAAGGCUGUCCUGGCUGCGCUGAAGGAACGGGGACUGUUCCGUGGCAUUCAGGACAACCCCAUGGUGGUCCCGCUUUGCAACCGGUCCAAGGAUGUGGUGGAACCUCUGCUGCGGCCACAGUGGUACGUGCGCUGCGGGGAGAUGGCCCAAGCCGCCAGCGCUGCUGUGACUCGGGGUGACCUCCGGAUCCUGCCUGAGGCCCAUCAGAGAACAUGGCAUGCCUGGAUGGACAACAUCCGGGACUGGUGCAUCUCCCGGCAGCUGUGGUGGGGCCACCGCAUCCCAGCCUACUUCAUCACUGUCAACGACCCUGCCGUGCCCCCAGGGGAGGACCCUGAUGGACGGUACUGGGUGAGUGGGCGCAGCGAGGCCGAGGCCCAAGAGAAGGCAGCCAAGGAGUUUGGAGUUUCCCUUGACAAGAUCAGUCUCCAGCAAGAUGAGGAUGUAUUGGAUACCUGGUUCUCCUCUGGCCUCUUCCCCUUCUCCAUCCUGGGAUGGCCCAACCAGUCAGAAGAUCUGAGUGUAUUCUACCCAGGGACGCUGCUGGAGACAGGCUAUGACAUUCUCUUCUUCUGGGUGGCCAGGAUGGUCAUGCUCGGCCUGAAGCUCACGGGCAAACUGCCCUUCAGAGAGGUCUACCUCCAUGCCAUUGUGCGAGACGCCCACGGCCGGAAGAUGAGCAAGUCUCUAGGCAAUGUCAUCGACCCCCUGGAUGUUAUUCAUGGAGUCUCCCUGCAGGGGCUCCAUGAUCAGUUACUGAACAGCAACCUGGAUCCUAGUGAGGUGGAGAAGGCUAAAGAAGGACAGAAGACAGACUUCCCAUCAGGGAUUCCUGAGUGUGGCACCGAUGCCCUCCGUUUCGGAUUGUGUGCAUAUACAUCCCAGGGUCGAGACAUCAACCUGGAUGUGAACCGGAUCCUGGGGUACCGUCACUUCUGCAACAAGCUGUGGAAUGCCACCAAGUUUGCCCUUCGUGGACUUGGGAAGGGUUUUGUGCCCUCACCCACCUCUGAGCCUGGAGGCCACGAGAGCCUGGUGGAUCGCUGGAUCAGAAGCCGUCUGGCAGAGGCUGUGAGACUCAGCAACCAAGGCUUCCAGGCCUACGAUUUCCCAGCUGUCACUACUGCCCAGUACAGCUUCUGGCUCUAUGAGCUCUGUGAUGUCUAUCUGGAGUGCCUAAAGCCUGUGCUGAAUGGGGUGGACCAGGUGGCUGCUGAGUGUGCCUGUCAGACCCUCUACACCUGCCUGGACGUUGGUCUGCGUCUGCUCUCACCUUUCAUGCCUUUUGUGACCGAGGAACUGUUCCAGAGGCUUCCCCGGCGGAUACCACAAGCUCCCCCCAGCCUCUGUGUUACCUCCUAUCCGGAGCCCUCAGAGUGCUCCUGGAAGGACUCAGCAGCUGAAGCUGCUAUGGAGCUGGCCCUGAGCAUCACACGAGCUGUGCGCUCCCUGCGUGCCGACUACAACCUCACUCGGACCCGGCCUGACUGUUUCCUGGAAGUGGCUGAUGAAGCAACAGGCUCCCUGGCAUCAGCAGUGUCGGGCUAUGUGCAGGCACUGGCCAGUGCCGGUGUGGUAGCUGUCCUGGCCCUGGGGGCUCCUGCACCCCAGGGCUGUGCUGUGGCCCUGGCCUCUGACCGCUGCUCAGUCCACCUGCAGCUACAGGGACUGGUGGACCCAGCCCGGGAGCUGGGCAAGCUGCAGACCAAGCGUAGUGAGGCACAGAAGCAGGUUCAGCGUCUGCAGGAGCGCCGUGCUGCCGCGGGCUACCCUGUCAAGGUGCCCCUGGAAGUCCAGAAGGCAGAUGAAGCCAAGCUCCAGCAGACAGAAGCAGAACUCAGGAAGAUGGAUGAGGCCAUUGCCCUAUUUCAGAAGAUGCUGUGAAUACACCCAACUCCAAUGCUUAUAACCUCCACAGUCCACCAGGGGGAUGGCAACAAUAAAAUAUUUUGCCACAAAACAA